AUGGGCUGGAAUGUCAGCCAAGCCGGUGGGGGUAUUCUUCUGGUUUCUCAAUUCACCUUGAUGGCGCAAACCCAAAAAGGCUUACGUCCUGAUUUUGGACCAGCCAUGCCACCGAAUGAUGCUCAAGCCUUAUACGAACAACUGGUUGACUAUGCUAAGACCCAGUUUGAGCAUGUGCAAACCGGUAUUUUUGCUGCCGACAUGAAAGUACAUUUGGUCAAUGAUGGACCCGUGACUUUCAAUUUAGAAGUCGAAUAA